GUCCAUUUUCCAGACACAGAGAGGGCAGAAUGGCUCAACAAGACUGUAAAACAGAUGUGGCCUUUUAUUUGCCAAUUUAUUGAGAAACUUUUCCGUGAGACCAUAGAACCAGCAGUAAGAGGAUCAAACAACCACCUCAGUACCUUCAGUUUUACGAAGAUUGAUAUUGGUCAUCAGCCUCUGCGGAUAAAUGGUGUAAAAGUGUACACUGAAAAUGUGGACAAAAGGCAGAUCAUUUUGGAUCUUCAAAUCAGUUUUGUUGGAAACUCUGAAAUUGAUUUGGAGAUCAAGAGAUACUUCUGCAGAGCUGGUGUGAAAAGUAUACAGAUCCAUGGCACUAUGAGGGUUAUCCUGGAACCACUAAUUGGAGACAUGCCCCUAAUUGGAGCUUUAUCACUUUUCUUCCUUAGGAAACCUCUUUUGGAAAUUAACUGGACUGGACUGACUAAUCUUCUGGAUGUUCCAGGACUGAAUGGCUUAUCAGAUACAAUAAUAUUGGAUAUAAUAUCAAACUACCUGGUCCUUCCAAAUAGAAUUACUGUCCCCCUUGUCAGUGAAGUGCAGAUUGCUCAACUGCGUUUUCCUAUACCAAAGGGUGUUCUACGGAUACACUUUAUUGAAGCUCAGGACCUGGAGGGGAAAGAUACUUACUUAAAAGGGAUUGUCAAAGGAAAGUCAGAUCCUUACGGAAUCAUCCGUGUGGGCAACCAGAUUUUCCAAAGCAAGGUCAUCAAAGAAAAUCUCAAUCCAAAAUGGAAUGAAGUUUAUGAGGCCUUAGUAUAUGAGCAUCCAGGACAGGAGCUAGAGAUUGAGCUCUUUGAUGAAGAUCCAGAUAAAGAUGACUUCCUGGGAAGUUUGAUGAUAGAUUUAAUUGAAGUUGAAAAGGAACGUCUUUUAGAUGAGUGGUUUACUUUGGAUGAAGUGUCCAAAGGAAAAUUGCAUUUAAAACUGGAAUGGCUCACAUUGAUGCCAACUGCUGAAAAUCUAGACAAGGUGCUAACAAGCAUUAGAGCUGAUAAAGACCAAGCCAAUGAUGGGCUUUCUUCUGCAUUGCUUAUUCUCUAUUUGGACUCAGCAAGAAACCUGCCUCAUAAUCCAUUAGAAUUUAACCCUGAUGGCUUGAAGAAGGCUGCUGUUCAGAAAGCCCUAAAGUCAGGAAAGAAAAUAAACAGCAAUCCCAACCCACUUGUUUUGCUGUCAGUUGGACACAAGGCACAGGAAAGUAAGAUUCGAUACAAGACCAAUGAGCCAGUAUGGGAGGAAAACUUUACUUUCUUCGUACACAAUCCCAAAAGACAAGAUCUUGAAGUUGAGGUGCGGGACGAACAGCACCAGUGUUCUUUGGGGAACCUCAAACUGCCUCUAAGCCAGUUGCUGGAGAGUGAAGAUUUGACUAUGCAUCAGCGGUUCCACCUGAGCAACUCUGGUCCAAACAGCACCAUAAACAUGAAGAUUGCACUCAGGGUUCUUUCUCUUGAAAAGCAAGCAAGAUCUCCAGAUCAUCAACAUUCAGCUCAAGUAAAAAGGCCAUCUGUUUCCAAAGAUGCAAGAAAAUCAUCCUUUAAGCCUCAGGUUCCUGUCUCACCACCACCUGAUUCAAGCAAACCGGUUCCAGCUUCCCCAGUGACUGACAGUGAUAAAAAGACUGAUACAGCUGAAAAAAGUCAGCCUCCUGGUGCCAGCCCUCAGUGGCCAACAGAUCUCAGCCGAAGUUCCUCCAGUCUUCAUGCCUCUAACUUCUCUUAUUCUCCCAGCCACCUCUCGGUCAAAGAACCCACUCCUAGCAUAGCCUCUGACAUAUCUCUGCCUAUCGCCACGCAGGAGCUGCGGCAAAGACUACGACAGCUUGAAAAUGGGACAACUCUGGGGCAGUCUCCAUUAGGACAGAUUCAGCUAACAAUUCGUCAUAGUUCACAAAGGAACAAACUGAUUGUGGUAGUGCAUUCCUGCAGGAAUCUAAUAGCAUUUUCAGAAGAAGGAUCCGAUCCGUAUGUGCGAAUGUAUUUAUUGCCUGAUAAGAGACGAUCAGGACGAAGAAAAACACAUGUAUCAAAGAAGACAUUAAACCCAGUGUUUGAUCAAAUAUUUGAUUUCAGUGUUUCCUUGCCUGAAGUACAGAGAAGAACACUAGAUGUAGCAGUGAAGAACAGUGGUGGUUUCUUGUCCAAAGAUAAAGGGCUGCUUGGCAAAUUACUAAUACCUCUGGCAUCUGAAGAACUUGCUAAAGGCUGGACCCAGUGGUAUGAUUUAACAGAAGAUGGCACAAGGCCACAUGGUGCAAGUUAGGCCCAUGGAUACUGGGAGUUCCCCACGCGUAAUUUUGCCAACCUUUAUAUAUUUUUAAAGCAUUGUUCUCACGAUGUACCAAUAUUAUUUUUAUAGCUUUACUGAUUUAGUUCUUAGACACAUCCUCAAUAAUUUUAUAAAACUUGGUCAUUUUGUGUAGACGUAGCUUUUCUCAUCGUUAAACUUUGUAUUUUAAUUUGCUAAACAAUUUUAUGUGUUACUGUAAUGUGCAAUAGUACAGUAAAGUAACCUUUUGUGUUUAAAUUGAUCUUUAUGAUGGCUGUACCUAUUAGAAAGUGAAAAGAUUAUGUUCUGCUGUUCUCCUGCCUUGUUUUAUAUCUCACCAAGGGAUACUGUACCAUGUAAAUAUAUACUAUUUUUUUAUAAUUCUUUCAUGCUGGUUUGAACUCAGAAGACAAUUAGAUAAAGGAUAUAGAUAUUUUAUUCUAAAUGCAUGAUAAUUUC